GGUUGCUACUCGAGAUUGGUCCCUCGUUGUCGUCCCACUCCUUGCAUCGACCCAUCGCUCUCUUCCUGCAUAACGCAAGAACAAGAGAGAUCAUCGACCCACUCGUACACCGACACGUAGGCACAUACGGUAAGUUAUCACAGUCAUUAUGACGGCUUCCACUCCUUCAACCGUAGACUAUAGCUAUUAUGGCGGCGCAGAGUCCUUCUCCGAGGGCAAGCGCUCCCCUCGUCGCACAGAAGUCGUUGCACCCACCGCAAAGGACGACGGCAAAUCCUACCCCGGUCCACCCCAGGACCCUUCCGACUUCCUCUGGAUCAUGACCGAAGAACCCCACCGCUCCCGCCGCAUGGCUAUCCUCAAGGCCCACCCCGAGGUCACCAAGCUCAUGGGCCACGAACCCGCCACCAAAUUCGUCGUUGUCGGUGUCGUGUCCCUCCAGAUCUUCAUGGCGUACGCGCUCCGCAAUACCCACCCACUCUCCCUGCCCUUCGUUGUCUGCGCGUACGCGAUCGGCGCGACCGCGAACCAUAACCUCUUCCUCGCCAUCCACGAGAUCACGCACAAUCUCGCGUUCAAGGGCAUCGCUGCGAACAGAAUACUGGCUAUGAUCGCAAACCUCCCGAUUGGUGUCCCGUAUUGCUCUGCGUUCAAGAAAUACCAUCUCGAGCAUCACAAGCACCUCGGCGAGGACGGCAUUGACACCGACCUACCCACGCAAUUUGAGCUCAUCUGCCUGAACAACGUCCUCGGCAAGGUCUUCUUCGCCACCUUCCAAAUCUUCUUCUACGCCCUCCGCCCCGGCUUCGUCCGCACACAAAUCCCCACCCGGUGGCACCUCUUCAACCUCAUCUUCCAAGUCCUCUUCGACUACAUCCUCAUCACCACCCUCGGCCUCAACUCCUUCAUCUACCUCCUCCUCUCCUCCUUCCUCGCCGGCUCGCUCCACCCCUCCGCCGGACACUUCAUCGCCGAGCACUACGUCUGGGACGGCCUCCACCAGGAGACGUACUCGUACUACGGCCCGCUCAACGCGCUCAACUACAACGUCGGCUACCACAACGAGCACCACGACUUCCCCAGUGUGCCGUGGACGCGGCUUCCGGCGCUGCGCAGGCUCGCGCCCGAGUUCUACGACACGAUCCCGAGUCAUCCGAGCUGGCCCGGCGUGAUUUUGAACUUUAUUAGGGAUAGGGAGGUGGGCAUUUUCGCGAGGGCGAAGAGGCAUACGAAGAGCAAGGCCACGGGCGGGGAGGCGGUGAAGGCGGCGGUAGCCGCCGAUAGCGAGGAGGCGUCGACGCCCGGAAGCAGCGAUAAAGAGUAGGUGGUUUGCUGGACAUAAAAGCUAGGCUCAGAACAGCCGUGACGGAUUGGAACUAAGAUACCUUUUGGAUACUUGCAUUGCACUAGUACUCACUAAUCACUUAGAUCUACGGGUGCACAUACUUAUGCUGGACGUUACGAUGAAUGAACACGCUUUCUUUGCUACUCGUGUGGUUGAACUGGGCCAGUUAAACUGGCUCACGCGCGGGUCGGCUCCAGCUCGCGUUAC